UAAACCGGUUAUUUCAUUUUUUAUCCCCGUUUUUGUGAAACCAUCUAGAAACAAGGCAGAUAUAUUAUUAGAUGCUUCUCAAUGAUCAUAAGUAACAUAACAAAACCAGUUGGGUUAUAUGUAUCUUCUCUGCUCAACCUAAGUUAGAGAAUCAGAUUCCAAAAGCUUAAUAUAUAACUUUAUCAUAAAAUCUCUAUUCUCCUGACGAAAAACAUAUCAUAAAACAUUGUUGCUUUUUCUACCCAUGUCGGAAAAGAGGCUAUGUUGUGCUGUGAUACGGAUUAACUUGGAUUGCAAUGCAUGUUGUAGAAAAGUAAGAAGGAUUCUCAUCAAUAUGAAAGAAGUUGAGACACACGUAAUAGAAAAAAAGGAACGCAAGAUAAUUGUUUGCGGACAAUUUAGACCAUCGGAUAUUGCAGUAAAGCUGCAGAAGAAGAUGAAACGGAGAGUUGAGAUUCUCGAAAUUGAAGAUCUCUCUGGCGGCCACGGCGGAGAAGAAGAACACUACCACCAUGAGCAACCGUAUGAACCGCAGCAUGAAUAUCCCGCUGAUCAGGUGACCACACCAUUGUUGUGUUAGUUAUCUUUCAUUCGUUUGGUCUUCAUCUACAAUGUAUGUAAAACAUCAGAAGAAACAAGUUUGUAUAUACAAUCCAUGAGACAUGAUAUAAUACACACGGUAUAUUUAGUUUGAUCUUACGAAUAUAACCGUAUGUUACACUUUUGUCAAUCCAAAAUACAAUUUCCAUGUGCUGUAUAAUCUACUUAAAUGAUUUUUAUUAA